CAUGGAGCUGGUCGCUUCCCUCUCACUCCGAUUCGAGCGCUCCUCCUCCGCCUCUUCGCUUCUCCUCGUCUCACGGAUCAUAUGCUUCAUUGUUCGAUCUCUCCCAUCGCCGCUCCAAAAUCUGCAGUGUUUUCAUGCUUCAGGGUGAAUCCUCCUUCCGAUCCCGAUUCCCCCAUCUCAUUCUUGCGUUUGGUGUUUCUACAUCCAUGGAAGUGACUUUAAUCGAGGGAUUCUGGAAGCCUGCUCUCUAGAGAAGAAGGGGAAGAGAAUUUGUGGAAGGGAUGCUGCAGAGAGCGGCGAGCAAUGCCUGCACUUGGUGGUGGGCAAGUCAGAUUAGAACUAGGCAGUCGAAAUGGCUCGACAACGAUCUCCAAGAAAUGGAGGAAAAGGUACAAUUCAUGAUGAAGCUAAUAGAUGUGGAUGCAGAUUCCUUUGGAAGAAAGGCAGAAUUGUACUUUAAGAGAAGACCAGAGCUGCUGAACUAUGUCGAUGAGAUAUACAAAGCUUACAAAGCCUUGGCUGAUAGGUAUGACAGAAUCUCAGCAGAAUUGCACAAGGCCAACCACACUCUUGCCUCCGCUUUUCCUGAUCAGAUCCAAUUCGAUAUGGAAGAUGACUACGAUGAGGAUGGUAGCUCUCUAAAGGCUAUCACUUCAAUUGAUCCAAGUAAACUUCGUAGACCAGAUGAACUUACACAGCUUGGCUUAAUGAACAUCAAUAAAGACGAUUACCAUUCACGAAGAAUACUACGCCAUAAGAGGAUAACUUCUCAAAUUAGCAAAGAAAAGGCACAGGAAGAGAUAGAAAGGCUUCAGAAGGAAAUCCUAGUGCUUCAAACUGAGAAGGAAUUUGUUAGGAGCUCUUACCAAACUUCAUUAAGACGAUAUUUUGAGAUUGAAAAGGACAUAACAGAAAUGCAAGAUGAUGUCUGUAGCUUGCAGGAUACUUUCAAUGCUAGUGCAAUCAUUGAAGAUGAUGAAGCUCGUGCUUUGAUGGCAGCAACAGCCAUGAAAUCGUGCGAGGAUAGCCUCACAAAUAUACAAGAACAACAAAAGUGUAGCACCGAAGAGGUGAAAAUUGAAUCAGAAAGAAUCAAAGAUGCUCAGCGACAGCUAAUGGCUCUAAAGGGUGAGUCUGGUAAACCAGAGAUGGAGAUUACACAGACAUCUGAUGAGAAUGUACAUACAGAUUCAACAAAUGAAAAAGAAGAUGAUCUCGGUGUAUUGAAAGAAGAAAAGAUUGAAUUACAAAUGAUGAGCCAGAAAGUGAAGGAACACUUUCAGAUGAGCUCAGAAUCAUCUGUUGUUGAGUUGGCAGAAAAAAUUGAUGAACUUGUGGAUAAGGUGAUAAGUUUAGAACUCACUGUUUCAACUCAGAAUGCACAGAUUGAGAGAUUGAGGUCGGAGACUGAUGAUUUUCAUGGGCAUCUAAGAAGCUUGGAAGAAGACAAGAUAGCCCUGGUUGAUACUUCCAAUAGUUUAACCAAGAAGUUAAAGAAGGCAGAAGAUGAAUUGCAAAGGGUUCAGCAUCUUGAGAAAUGUAUAUCUGAUGAUAAAGGCCUUCUUCAGAAACAAUUUAUAGAAGCCUGCAAUAAUCUUAAUAGUCUUUCUGAGAAAUUGCUGUCGCCUAUACCUCUAGAACUUCAGAGUGGAGGAAGUUUCAAAGAAAACAGCGCCGUGAGGGCAACUGAGGAUCCUACUGGAAAGAAAGCCUUUGAUCCCAGCACUAAUGAAUCAUACAAGUUGCAGGAUGAUAUACAACAAAGUGAAGUUGCACAAACAAAAUCAUUUAAAACAGAGAAGGAUCUCAUGGAUAUACUUCCAACACAAGUUGAAGAGCCAGAUGACAUUUCAGAUUUGCAAAACUUACUCAAUGGAUUAGAAGGCGGAGACAAAGUACUACUGACCAAGUGCACGUCUAUAAUCAGCAAUUACACAGAAACAAAUAAAAAACUUGUAGAUAUUGAGAGGAAAAACCAAGAGUACCAUUUAGAAACAAUGGCACAGGUAAAAGAAUUAAAAGAUGCCAAUGCCAUGAAAGACGAGGAAAUUCAACUUCUCAAGGAGAUACUGAGUUCGUUACAGGAUAAUUUAAGGGCAAAUACACCAAGAAACAUGGAGAAGUCAAGAUAUGAAGUUGUUGAAAGCCCAAACAAAUCAAGUGCAGCAUUUGAUUCUUCAGAAACUAAAAGCCCUCUUACAGAAAAUGAUAUCCUACUAGGCUCUGCCAAUGAACCACAAACUUCAGCGAUUCAAAGCAAGUUCAGAGCAGAUAUUGAUACCCUACUCGAAGAGAACUUGGACUUCUGGUUAAGAUUUUGCACAUCAUAUCAUCAAAUUCAAAAAUUUCAGAAAAUAUUUAAAGAACUUAAAGUUGAUGCUGAGAAGUUGAUUGAAAUAAAAAGUUUGGAUCAUAAGGAUGCCACAGUAGCUUCUAUCAGGAAUGCCCAGGCUCGGGAAUUGUCUCCAGUUGACAAAAAACUCCGAGAGUUGAACACUGAAAUUCAAGUGUGGUUGGAAAAGAAUGCACUCCUUAAUGGUGAACUUAAAUGUAGAUUUGCAUCUCUUUGCAGCAUCCAAGAUGAGAUAACGAAAGUGUCAAAAGAAAAUGACAACAAAGAAGAACGGUUUACUCUGUACCAGGCGGCCAAGUUUCAGGGAGAGCUACUGAACAUGCAGCUAGAGCACAACAAGGUGGCAAAAGAAUUGCAAGCCGGUUUUGACUACGUGAGGGGACUUCAGGUGGAUGUCAGUUGGACAUUGGCAAAGCUUAACAAGAACUACGAAAUAACUGCAACAAAAGGCAAUCACAACCAGUUAAGGACCCUCUCCUCCAAGGCCAGGAUACCACUGAGAACGUUUCUGUUUGGUGCAAAGCCUAAGAAGCCUUCACUUUUUGCAUGCAUGAGUCCUGCAAUGCAUAAGCACUACCAUCAUCAUCAUAUGAGACCAAAUAUGCCUAGCUGAAAUUGCUCAUAGAGUAUGCCCUUUCUAUCCUUACAGUUCCAUAAUUUUCUAAGAUAAAUGACUAGUUUCUUUUUUCAUCUUAUUAGCAAAUAACUUUCCCUUUCUCUACAUACUUGGAGCUAUAUGUUAGCAAGGGUGGAUCAGUGCCAUUUUACCUAAAUAAAAGAAAAAUUAAACAAUAUACAUCUACCUAUUUUUUCAUAUAUCCAUCUUCAUUCAUUUACUCAUUCAUCCAUAACCUCUCUCUCUUUCUCAUGUUGCAAAGGACCACAAUUUUUAUCACGAGAAUUAGCAUCGUGAUUCAUUUGUAUUGAAUAGAGCAAGUCAUUCAAAAAUUGAGAUAGAAGCCAUAUUUUUGUAGAAGAUUUAGUCAUUUAUAUAUUUUUAUUUUUUUUAUUAUUAUUUUUUUCUCUUGGCGAGUUUUA